AUGGCCCCAAUUGCUGUUGCUCGGGACCGUGCAGGUGGUUCCCAGCAACCAGGGAAAUUUUCUCGCCAAUCCACCCUCAAUUUCCCCAGCUGUGGAGGAUCCUCCACUUCUGUCACGACCGACUCUAACGCUCCCCUCGACCCUCUGUUUUUGACCUCCGAAAAUAUGGGUUACGACUGCCACCACGACAUUUUUUUAUCCUCUAAAAAUUUGAUUUACCCAUCCCCACCAUCCACGGAAUUUCAGCACCCCGUUGCGCUUCCUGCGGGAGAAUCACCUUCGCCGCCUUCGGCAUACGUUUGGAGUCUCCCUAAGCCAGAUCAACCAGCUGGCGGUCUCGUCUCAUUUCCCUCAACCACUUGUUAUGGUGGUCUCCUCGACUCCCCGUUGGUCAUGCACCACACAGCGCUCAAAUCGCAGGCACCACUCUCGCCUCCCCCCACGCAACCUACGUCGACCCUGGCCUUGCCACCAACCGACGCUUUUCACGACGUCACGCAUGCCGCGUCAUCAUCAUCCUCAUGUCUCUCUCCCAUUUUAUCUGCGCAGUGCCUCUCUCCUAUAUUGUCUGGCGCAGACUCGCUGGACGGCACCGAUCCCGCAUCAUCUUCAUACCAAUCCACCUCGUGCCUCAAAUCCGAAGGCGUAGACCCUCUGCUCUCGCCUCUUUCCCCAGAGUGGGACAGCAACAGCAUUUCCCACAUGCAAUCCACUGAGUCUCCGGAGCAUUCUUAUCUCUUACGCGAUACCCCAUCUACGUUGACGUCGUCACCCCCACUCCGCUAUCAUCAGUGUGAAAUUGCAGGGCCCUCGUACCGCCCGUUCCUGCCCCUCCUUGACAUACCCAAUGGGGCCGAUUCAUACCCCAUGCAACCCCCAGAUAUAUGGGAUGAUCCCAGUCCGGAAUCGAUGCAAGUCGAUCACGACUAUAUCAGCACAAAAGCUGCAGAUCCAAGUACUGGGCAUAAUACACUCUCACCUCUUUCCACACCUUCCAUUUCCCCAUCGACGCCUCCACCAAUUCUGACGAAAUCGACUCCGAUCUCGUCUUUCGAGAACCAUGGAUAG